AUUCGAUCUCUGGACAGCUAGGGCGAAAGCAGCAGGAUACGAGAAGAAGUGGAGAAAACUAUUAGAAGAAGACAGAAGAACCAUGUCGAAUAGGACCAAUUCUUCGUUGUCUGGUCUAAUGCCUAUCGAAUCAUUGGUGCCGCUACUAAUUGCCUAUGUUCUAACGACAACUUUAGCGGUAUUUGGAAAUAGUUUAGUUAUAGUCGUUUUCUCGUGUGGUAGGAGGUCUAGGAGCGAUUUAAGAGGCUUUCUUAUCAAUUUAGCAGUUGCCGAUUUAGUCAUGGCUAUUUUCUGCACACCUUUUACAUUUACCCAUACGAUAAUGAACCAUUGGCCAUUCUCCAAUGCCUUGUGCCCGCUGGUUCUAUACAUGCAACUAGUGUCAGGUUACCCUUUUUUUAUUUUAUUCUAUUUGCUUAUCAUCACUAAUUUUCCGUCCAUUUGUACGUUUAUCUUUAUAUCUAUCUAUUUAAUAUAUUCAUUGUUUUCCCUCGGUUUUUAAAUGCUUUACGGCGCCUCUCAUCUAGCUACUCAUAUCUAUUAUUCUUAUAUAAUAUUCUGUUUGUUUUUCUUUCUGUUUGGCAUGGCAUCUAUAUACUAAAUUGUUCAAUUUUAUCGAUGGAGGGCGCUAAUGGUUUCUCAGUCAGGUACAUCUUUUUUGAAUUUGGAUACUAGUAGAGAAUCUUAAAAAAAAUAGAAGAGUAAAAGUAUUUAUUGGCAGCUGUAAUAUAACGGAAAGAGUUUGCCAUGAUUUAUCGUGCUUUUGCUACGGCUUCUCAUCGGUUAGAAUAAGGAAUAAAUUUAGUUUCCACAUAUACAAACUCAGUGUGGACAAACAAGAAUUUUCAUCAAACUAACUAUAACAUUUGUACUUUUAUAGUAAACAGCGAACAAUAGUGUCUGUAAUGUAUUAAUUCUGAACUUAAACGUCCCAAUUCUUUAUUUUUGUAUAUGUUCCUUUUAUUAUUUAUGUAGUAGGAAAAAAAAAGAGAACUCUAUCUUAAUAGAGAGGGAGGGGAGAGAUCGGUAGAGUUAGAAGCGAAACGAAUGAAUAGUUUUAUAUGGAAACCAAACGCACAUCUUAAAAUUAUUAUUGUCGUAUUUACUUUCGUAUUAAAACAUAAAGAUCUAGAUUUAGUAAUUUGUAGUGAAAUCGAUUUUCAAGAUGAAGGGAGAGAAGAAACCUUUUCAAAAAAUAAAGAAAUCCCUCCUUUUAAGGACGCAGGAAGCGGUUAUAAAAAAGCACAGCUAUUUGCCAAAACUUUUCUAUAAAUUAUUUACAAUAACAUUUAAUUUUAUUUCUCUACAUCUCCUAUACUUUUUCCAUUUCGUAUCAAUAAAUGUCUUUUCUUGUUGUCCUCUAUUCUUCAUCAAGUACUUUCUGCAGUUACGGCUUCUGUCUGCACGAAUACAGCACUAGGAUUCGAUCGUUUCUGGAUCGUGGCUUUUCCACUCAAAUCACGCCUGACAAAGUCUAGGGUCAAAGUGGUGAUACUAAUGAUCUGGUUGAUCGCAUUGUCGGCAUCCAGCGUUCAAUUAUUUAUUGGUAGAGCCGUAACAAAUGGAACAAAUACUAAGCCUAUUUGCAGGGAAGAUUGGGAAGAUGAGAAAUCGAGACAAAUUUAUACAUUCUUCGUUUUAUUGACUACCUACGUUGUACCUUUAACAAUUCUUACAGCUACUUACGGCAUGGUAGGAGUCAAACUUUGGCAGAGAACGACACCAGGGAAUGCCGAUCAAGCGAGAGAUAUGCAGCAGUUAAGGAGUAAACGAAAAGUAAUUAAAAUGUUGGUCGUCAUUGUUGCCUUAUUCGCUAUUUGCUGGCUACCCUUACAUUUAUUUAUGAUUGUAUUAGAUUCUGUUCCCUCAUGGACUAAAAAGACGGAAUUACAACCUAUAUUAAAUGGUAUCUAUUACACUGUUCAUUGGCUGGCCAUGUCGAACAGCUGUGUUAACCCAAUAGUAUACAGCUUCCUAAACGACAGCUUUCGAGCCGAUUUGAAGCGUUUAGUACGGAACUGGUGUAAUUGCUUUAAGGGACGGAGGGACGGAGAAUAUGCUAGGACGCUUGUACGUGACUAUUCUCGCAGCGAUCGAGCGUCUCUGAAAGGCUGUGACACGAAUCGGCGUCUCUUGUCAAGUCGUAACCAACACGAAGAUGGAGGCGAAUUAGGGCAGGUCGUAAUCGCUUUGCGAAACGUCGGAGAAAGACAACGCGAUUCGGAUUUGAAUCGACUCUGACAACUUACAAUCUUGCUUCUAGGUUAACAGUUGCUUUAUAGAUAAACAUAGAUAUUCGACUCUUCAAACCUUGAAGAAUCUUCUUACUUUACACAAAGUUAUUUCAGGACAGAAGACAAGACAGUAGACAGCACGAAGAAAAGGAACAUAGCGCCACAAAAAUAACCUCAUUUUCAUUACCUAAAAAGACAAAAAACUACUAAUUCUUUCUUCAUAUCCAUUUUUAAUGAUGAAAGUUGGACGAAUUGCAAAUAGAUUGAGGCAAAAUUGUCGAAUAUCUAUGUUCAGUCUGUUUAUAAGUUCGUCGUUGUUUUGUGACGAAAGAGAGAUAUUAUAAUUUCAGCACAAAGGGCCGAUGGAAGGAUUCGGUCGCAUCUCUACUAACUUGAUUGCUUGAUGCAAACUGACAAGAUAUUGAUUCUUUGCUCGGUGUGAAUCCUAAUAAUUGAAACAGUUUAUAUCUCGUAAAAAAAUACAUAAUUGCUAGUCUUUGU